AUGGCAUCCGAUACAGUCUACUUCAACGCCCACAGCUCGACCACCUUACCCUCGGGCAGGACAUACAGUCACGUUCAUAUAGUACCAACCGGCAACAAGCCCUACAUUCUCUUUCUCCAUGGCUUCCCCGGCACCAGCUACCUCUGGCGACAUCAGAUCGCUCACUUCUCCGCACGCGGUUACGGCAUUGUGGUGCCUGACCUUCUAGGGUACCGCGGCUCCGACAAGCCCGCAGAGCUGGAAGCCUACAGACUCAAGAAGAUGGCGGAAGAUGUGAUUUCUCUCCUCGAAACGCUUGGAGUUGGCAGUUGCUUUGCAGUUGCGCACGACUGGGGCUCCUUCCUCCUCUCUCGCAUCGCGAACUACUACCCUGAUCGGUUCCUCGCGUUCACCUGGCUAGCGAUAGCCUACUCACCGCCUGGCGGUCGAUUCUCCGUCGACGAGAUCAACGCCGACAGCGAAGAAAAACUCGGCUAUCCAUUCUUCGGCUACUGGGAAUUCUUCAACGACCCCAAGACGGUGGACCUCGUGGACCGCAACGUCGAAUCCUUCCUGACCCUCCAAUUCGCCUCGGACCCCGAGCAAGUCAAAACCUCCUUCUGCCCCUACGGCGCCGCGCGCGCCUGGGUCACGGCCGGCAAAACCAGCCCCCUGCCUCCCUUCAUCACCCCCGCCGAAUUCAAAACCCAUUCCAGCUUCUUCUCCCCCAGCCACGGGGGUUCCUUCGGCCCUCCGCUCAACUGGUACAAAGCCAUGCUCGCCAACAUCAACCUCGCCGACGACGCCGCCAUCCCCCUGCGAAACCGCCACGUCACGAAACCGGCCCUGUUCAUCGGGUGCGCGCACGAUUAUGUCGCGGUGCCGCGGCUGCAGGAGGCGGGCAUGAGGCCCUGGGCGGCGGAUCUGCGCGUCAAGGUGCUCGAUUCGGCGCACUGGGUGCAGUUGCAGAGGCGGGAGGAGGUCAACCGGGCGUUGCGGAAGUUCUUCGACGAGGUGGAGGGGUGA